CAUUAGGGCCUCAGCGGAGCCCGCUGCCCGAGCGAGCGCGCUGGGCGGGGUGUGCGGCGGGAGGCUUGGCGGGCAGGCGCGGGCCCGGAGGCAGCGGCUGCGCCCUGCGCCGGGGCGGAGCCGGGGGCGGGCGGGCGGCCGGCAGGCGGGGGCUGGGGCCCGAGGCCGGGAGUGCCUGAGCGCCGGCGGCGACGACGGCUCCGAGCGGCCCGGCGAGGCUCGGUGCGUGGGUCCGCGGUGGCUCGGGGUCCGCCCGCGCGGGCUGCGGUGCGAGCGGGCGGCCCGGCUUCCCUUCUCCCCCGCCCGCCGCCGCCGCCGCUGUGAUUGGGUGGAAGAUGGCGCUGGGCGGAUGGAAAUCCUAAUGACAGUCUCCAAAUUCGCCUCCAUCUGUACCAUGGGCGCCAAUGCCUCGGCAUUAGAGAAAGAGAUUGGCCCAGAACAGUUUCCCGUCAAUGAGCACUAUUUUGGAUUAGUCAAUUUUGGGAAUACCUGCUACUGCAAUUCAGUUCUUCAAGCACUUUAUUUCUGUCGUCCGUUCCGGGAGAAAGUUCUAGCCUACAAGAGUCAGACUAGGAAGAAGGAGAGCCUGCUCACGUGCUUAGCAGACCUCUUCCACAGCAUCGCGACCCAGAAGAAGAAGGUUGGAGUCAUCCCUCCCAAGAAGUUCAUAACAAGAUUACGAAAGGAAAAUGAGCUUUUUGACAACUACAUGCAACAAGAUGCCCAUGAAUUCUUAAAUUACCUGCUAAAUACAAUUGCUGACAUUUUACAAGAAGAGAGAAAGCAGGAAAAACAAAAUGGUCGCUUACCUAAUGGUAAUAUUGACAGUGAAAAUAACAACAGCACACCAGACCCGACGUGGGUUCAUGAGAUUUUUCAGGGAACAUUAACUAACGAAACCAGAUGUCUUACUUGUGAAACUAUAAGCAGCAAAGAUGAAGAUUUUUUAGAUCUUUCUGUUGACGUGGAACAAAAUACAUCAAUUACUCACUGCCUAAGGGGUUUUAGCAACACGGAAACCCUAUGCAGUGAAUAUAAAUAUUACUGUGAAGAGUGUCGCAGCAAGCAGGAAGCACACAAACGGAUGAAAGUUAAAAAACUGCCCAUGAUUUUAGCCCUACACCUGAAGAGAUUUAAGUAUAUGGAUCAACUUCAUCGAUACACCAAACUUUCUUAUCGGGUAGUUUUUCCUUUAGAACUUCGUCUGUUCAACACGUCGGGCGAUGCAACCAAUCCUGACAGGAUGUACGACCUUGUUGCUGUUGUGGUUCACUGUGGAAGUGGUCCCAACCGAGGCCAUUAUAUUGCAAUAGUGAAGAGUCAUGAUUUUUGGUUGUUGUUCGAUGACGACAUUGUAGAAAAAAUAGAUGCACAAGCUAUUGAAGAAUUCUACGGGUUGACAUCAGAUAUUUCCAAGAACUCUGAGUCUGGUUACAUCCUUUUCUACCAGUCCCGGGACUGAGGGAAGCCGUGACGAAGAGACACUUCUGCCUCAUUUCUUCUCUGGUUGUGUCGGAAAGGAUCAAGCACUGAUUUUUCAAGAAAAGAGAAAUGCAGGAAGCUCAGGGGGCAGUAGCACACUUUGCACACGAAUAAAGCAAAGACUGGAUUCACAAGCCCUUCCUAUCAUGGUAGUUGAUUUCUUUGCUCAGGUAUCAUGCUGUCCGUGCAGUUCAUCCGACCAGGAAGUGAAAUCAGAGAUACCAGCUCCUCUCGUAAAACAGCCUUCCAGUUAUCGACGCGCAUUUUCUCUUUGUUAAUUGCACCAGUAAUGGUUUGGCGUCCUUGGGGGUGCAGCAGAAAGAAUGGGGAUCUGUGCUGGGUUGUGUGUUAGUUGAAGGAAGUGACAUGGAGCACACUGCAUAGAUUGGCCUGUGUCUUUUCAAACCUGAACCGGAAGUACUUUUGGGCCCAACACUUGCAGUUGCCUUCCUGGUGUACAAGCCUAACAGAUACUAGAAUCCAGUGUCAGGAAGACAAAUAUGUUUUGCUUCUCUGAAGAAGCUUAUAAUAAUAUACAGUAUAUGUAUAUGUAGGGAACAAUUGGUCAAAAGUGGCUUUUUGUUUCCCCAAGGGGAAAGACUGGCUUUGUAAUUAUAAUUUUUCCUUAUUUAUUUUACUUAAAACUGGUAGAGUCUAAGUAUUGUACGAAGUGCCCAUGAUUCUGUCAGUAAAUCUGAGCAUAAUUUUAUUAGUUUUUGUCAGUUUAAGUAAUCCUUUGUUUGUUUCUAUUUCUAAGCUGAAUAUUACAUUGUAUCUGAAAUCUGUACAGUGAGAGGCAGUAACUAUUCUUUUCCAGGAGGAACUGAUAUCUCUGGCUAACUAUUUUUUUUAUUAUUAUACUUUAUGUGUCAGUUAUUUUAUUCAGCUUUAAUUUCAAUAAAAUUUAAAAAAACCCACAAUUCCCUAUAGUUGUUGGAAUGAUCCAAGAAACCCCGGUGCAGUGGUGGUACACUGAUUGUUAGCAUCCUGAAAUAUUUUAAUGUUUCAAGCUGAGACCUUGCUUGGAAAAUUCAUGCCAUAACAGGUUAUUUUCAAAUGUAAUUUUUUUUUUUUUACCCUGGAAAGAAGGGAUGCUUUCAUUUGUCAUAAUCCUCAGAGUGUGGAUAGCCAACUAAAAGAUCAGAUGUUAAUGAAAUUCAUCAGUAAAUCCUCCCCUCCCCCACCCGCGACUCUGCCUUCAUGAAAUCUUACUGGAAAUGUGUUCAGAAAUUAAAAUUGGUGUUUGUUAAGACUUCAUUCUACUGGGGGUUUUUAAAAAAUAAUCUAUGUGGUGUAACAUGUAUGUAAACUGUUGGCAAUUGACAUUUUUCCAUGCAUCGGUAAGUUGUCUGACAGUAGCUGAAUGUAACUUGCAGAAAAAUAAUUGAAAACGAUUCAACAUAAUAGCAAUCAGGCCUUGGAUAUUCUUAUCAAACUCUUUUUGAGCAGUACUUUUUUUUAAAUUCUGUAAUUUUCUAAUGUUAUUUUACUAAAAUUGUAGACUAUGGAAAAACAAUGAAAAAUGUUUUUUGUGCUGCUAUUAUUAACAUUUAUUAUCUGUAUCUUUUAGCUCAGGAAAUGACUUCACCUAUUCUGUAAACAAAUCUUUAACAGGGUCACUUAGCUAAUUGGGCUGCUUAAGCAGAUGUGCUGGGAGAAAAUCAUGGUAUUUAGUGCUUUGACAGGUUGCUUUUUAAGAUGCAAUUUCUAAAGCCUCACCCUGGCUGGAGUUGUUUUAUACGAAUUACGCAUAACUUGCCUGAUCUGCCAGCGUCACACAGAGAGUCACCACCGAGAGUGUAGGACGGGACAGUCAGAGCAGCAGGGGUCGUCAGGGGGACACACUUUCUUGAGGGCCUCGACCAGAUCUGUCUCUGCAACUUUCUGUGCAGUUGACAGAGUGGAGUGAAGCGACGUCCGUGGUGGUUGCAGCCGGGCCACAGCACACACGGAGAAGAUAGAUGAAGUCAUUUGUGCAGAGACACAGCGCCGAAAUGCCAUGCUGCAUUUGUAUUUGCAUUUUUUUGCAUUAAGAAGAAAUAUGCAGUAAAAGCCAAGUGAAAUUUCUUACUAACACAAGUUCUCGCUUUCAUACCGCGUUCCAUGGUAGUCCACAUCCUUUGUUCACAUCCGCACUGUAGCUGGUAGUCUGACCCGGGGGAGAGGCCACGGGCUGACAGUGCUUCAUACCCCGGGUCCAAGUCCACCAUUUUGAAGCUCAUCAGAAAGUCGAUAUACUUCUAACACUUAUAGGGUUAGGAUCGGGACAAACAGUACAGGCACCGUGAGGGAGGAGGGCUGAUCCCACGUGAUCAGUGUGAGGGCAGGUGGCGGCUCAGUUGCUCUGUAGCCAUGUAUGUGUGUGUGGGGAUGAUGACCAGCCCCUGUUGAUGCAUUGGAAUGAGAAUUCCCGUAAGUCGUCAAAACAAAAAGUGAGUAAAUCAAGUUCUGCUUUCAAGUCACAGGGCAUGGGUCUCGGAAGCCUGGCUUUGAGAGGAUGGCCCAAGACAAGAAACAGGAGGCUGUGGUCAAGGGCGCCGAGGGAGGUGUGCUCCACGGGGCUUGUGGUUCUCCCCAUCAGUACAGGGUUUGUUUUCCUUUCGUUUCCUUGAUAGCAGUAGGAAGACCUCAUUUUCCAUAACAUACUACUCUCUCUACUUUGUUUAAAGAUCCUCUUCCUUCAAGAUUCUCUCAUGAGGUAUCCGGCUAGGAGCUGGGAGGCUGAGACUCUCGGGGUCCUGGCUGUGCAGUGAAUGGAACCGUGUGACCUUGGGCAAGUCACUUAACCUCUCUGUGCUUCAGUCUCCCUGUCCUGUGCAACAGGAGUAAUACCUACCUCACAGGGUUGUUGUGGGGAUUCAUUACAGAUGAUGUCUAAAGCAUUUAAGGUUCUUGAAGAAGGCGCUAUAUAAAUACAAAAUAAUAUCUAUUAAAGUCGGUUUAUUUGUG